GUGUGUGUGUGUGUGUGUGUGUGUGUUAAAAGUGAAAGGAACAUCGUGUGAAUUUUGACCAGACUGCGACCUUCGCAUUGGGACUUUAACCCGCACAGUGGGUUUGUGUACACGGCGGUGUGAAUCUCAGUGGCUGCGCUGCAGGAAAAAAGCGCUGCUCUGAACUUCUGCUGUAAAAACCGAACAAGUGUAGCGACUUUCAUCGGGCUUGUGAAAGCUCCUGAUCUCUAAUCAUGAAAAGUCUAAAACAGAGGCUGAAGAAACACGAGGCGUCGAGCAGCACUACAAACUGGAACAAGUAUGACGAGCGUCUCAUUAAAGCAGUGGAGAGCGACGAUGUGGACAAGAUCACCAGCGCACUCAAGAAAGGAGCAGUCGCCACCAAACUGGAUGCUGAUGGCCGCUCUUCGCUUCACCUAGCAGCAUGCAACGGGCUUAUAAAUAGUCUAAAUGUUUUCCUUACCCACGGUGUCAACCUACGCACAGCAGAUGCCGCUGGUAAAACCGCACUGCAUCUUUCUUCAAGAGGUGGCUAUUCUGCCUGUGUGCAGCGACUGUUGCAGUGUAAAAGUCCCGUUGAAAGCACAGAUCUGCAAGGGAGGACAUCGUUACACGAAGCAUCUUAUGGAGGUCACACUACAAUAAUCAAAAUGCUGUGUGGCAGCGGUGCAGCUGUGAGUGCUGUUGAUAAGGAUGGCCGUUCUCCCCUAAUGAUAGCAGCACUGAUGGGUCACAGCCGGGCUUGCCAACAACUUUUAAAUUGUGGGGCUUCUGUCAAUCUUCAAGACAAGCAAAAUAAGACUGCACUUCUCUUGGCUUGUGAGCAUAUUUGUCGUGAAGUGGUGGAGGUCUUGCUGAAGUAUAAAGCAGAUGUUACUGCCGUGGACAUGCAUGGCCAUGACUCGUGCCACUAUGCUCGGCUUAGUGGAGACCAAGCCUUGAUUACCAUGAUCAAUCAAGCCUGGGAGGCAGCCAGCAAAGAGGCUUCCCAUUCCAAGACUGGUCCAAAAUUACAGCAGCAGAGGUCCGUAAAUAGUGAAACUCACAUGCUUCUGAGGAAGAUGAGUGUGCAGGCUCCUGCUAAAGGCCCAUCUUCAGGCGUCAGCUGUCCUGCCACAGUUCCAACACAGCAACAUACAAAGGAGUAUGCCAGCCACUCAGAAAACGGAAACCUGCAGAGUUAUCAUGUGGACUGUGCACAGGUUCGACAUCAUGCCCCUCAUUCAGCAGCUCCAGCCUCAUUCAAAGCAAAGGAGGUGCUAGUGGGUGAGGCUGAUCUUCUUAAGAGGGAACUAUGGGACAUGAGACGGAGGCAUGAUGCUGCUCAGGAAGAGCUGCUCAGGCUGGAUGCGGCUCUGGUCCUGCGCACUCGAGACUACGAGGAGCUGAGGAGAAGCAGUGAGCGAGCACUUCAGCAGGCCCAUAACCACGCUUGGGAGCUAGAGGCAGCACUGGGGGAAGUGCAGCGCAGAAUGGUAGGAUCAGAGGCUAAGGUGAGGCAAAUGCAAGCACAUUUGGUAGCCGUUCGGGAAAACCUAGUGGAGGAGCUGAGAGUACAAUUGCUCGAGGCCAGGGCAGAGCUGCAUCGAGCACGAUCAGAGCUUGGCCAAAGCAAGAGGGAAGCAGAGGAGCAAAAGGAGAGGAAUGACAUGCUCCAACAAGAGGUACACAAGCUUACUGAGGAGUUACUGAAGAAAGAGGACACAGAUAACCUGAAGGCAAGCCUAUCAGGUCAGGAGUCUGAGACAAAUGAAAUAGCUUGUAAGGAAAUUCAGACUCCCUUGGAAUGGAAGCCUGGUCCUUCAAAAACCACAAUGACAUAUGUUACAGGCGAGACUCUGCAGCAAGAGAUAGAUAAGAAGAGCUAUAUCAACCUAGAGGAGCAUGAGUCUAUAAGGAGCUCACUAAGUAAUGCACUUCAACAGGCACAAAGCCAGGCUAAUGAAGCAUUGAUGAUGCAACAGAAGACCAGUGAGGAAAAUCAUAGUCUCAUUAGAGAACUGCAGGAGCAGAGGACAGAGCUGGACACCCUACAGGAAGCCCUAGAGGCACGGUUUGUACCUGUGGCUAUGCUGGAGGCGAAGGAGAAUGAGGUAGCUCAGCUUAGGCUGGCUCUGAAGCAGAUGGAAGAGAGCAAGGAAAGGGAGGAGGAAGGCAAGAAAGCAAGUAGUGCCGAAACGCAGGAGCAGUCUCAGCCUGAAGCAACAUCACAGAACAAUAAAUGCACACAGACUGAAAAAACUCCAGAAAAAUUUACAAAUACUGCAGAAGGACAAAAUGAGGAUUCAGACAUAAUAGUGGAAGCAGAAGGCCAGAGGGCUGCUCAGAAUUGCUCAUCAGCACUCAACAGUGUCUGUAGCCUUGCACACUCAGACAACACCAUCCUAAAGGCACACAUUAACAGCCUGCAGCAGCAGCUAGAGAACUCUGAAAGGCAUUAUAGUCAAGUUCUUGAUAUAUAUCGCACACGUCUUCUCAAUGCAGCGCAGGGCCACAUGGAUGAUGAGGCAAAAACUGCACUGCUUCAGAUUGCCCAAAUGAGACAGGAGUGUGUAUGUUGAUCAAUGAUUGUCUCUGUGUUUCUAUGUCAAAGUGGAGAGAGAGAGAGAGAGAGAGAGAGAGAGAGAGAGAGAGAGAGAGAGAGAGAGAGAGAAUGUGUUUUUAAUACAGAUUAGGCCCACCAGUGAAACAGGUGAAAUCUACUGUACAUCGACCUUUCAUUAAAUACUAUGUAAAUAUAUAGAAUAAUUAUAAUUAUUCUUUUUUUUAUGUAUAAUAUGUACAAAUUUUUGACCAUUCUUUAUUAAACAGAUGCUGUUGCUUUUCUGGGA